AUGAGCAAAAUUUUUAUUCUUUUUUUUGUUCUCACUAUAUUCACAAAACUAAACCUAUCCGAAAACACCACUUUGGAACUGGUUCACGUGAUAUUUAGACACGGAGAUCGAACCCCCGACAAAGACCUGCUUUAUCCUACUGACCCAUACGUGAACGCUUCCUUUUACCCAGAAGAUUUCGGCCAACACACCAACACCGGGAAACUGAAACAGUACCUUUUGGGACAAGCUUUACGCAAACGUUACAAGAAAUUUUUAGGGAGUUACACGUACGAAAUUGUAAAGGCGCGUUCUUCGGACUACGCUAGAACAAAAGUUUCUUUACAGUUAGUUCUAGCGGGUUUGUUUCCGCCAGAAGGUGCCUUGGUUUGGAACAAAAAUUUGAAGUGGCAGCCUGUAGCGUCCGAGUACUGGCCAAUGAGGAGGGACCACAUUUUGGGACAACCGUACAAGAACUGUCCACGGUACGAGAAAUUGUACUUGGACUUUCUAAACUCGACGCAAGGCCGAAAAAUGUUCGAGAACUACAGUGACACUUUUGAGUACUUGUCAAAACACACUGGAUUUUCUAUUACGAGUAAAAGGAUCUACGAGGUGUAUUUUACUUUAGAUGUGGAGAGAGAAAUGGGGCUCGAACUUCCAAAAUGGACACAGUCGGUUUUUCCAGAAGCUCUUUUCGAUUUACUGCAGCUGGAGUACUUUGCAAGAUCGGCAACCCAAGAACUGAAAAAAUUGUCGUCUGGUUUUUUGCUUAAAAAAAUUAUUAGAGACACUAGAAACAAGCUGAUGGGAAUUUUGCCACAGAAUCGAAAGAUCUUUUUAUAUUCUGCCCACGAACAUCACCUAACGUGUUUGAUGCAGCUUUUGGGAAUUUAUUACCCCCACGUCCCACCAUAUUCGGCUUAUAUUUUAAUAGAAAUUCAUAACUUUGGAGGAAUCAGAAGAGUGAAGAUUUUUUACCAAGAUUACUCAGACCAAAACCCCAAAGAGCUAAAAUUACCAAACUGUGGUACUUCUUGCACUUUCAACGAUUUUACCAACUUGUACAAAAAAUAUUUACCUAAAUCUAAACAAGAGUGUAAAAUAUAG